GAGACAGUAAAAAAAUCCUCGAGUGACGUGCAGCGUAAUCUCUCUCUCAGCUCUCUCGUAAUAGCUAAUUAUUCCGAGUAAAGCGAGAACUGAGAGAGCACAGAGCUCACCAGUGUACAGUAUCAUGCAUCAGAAGUAUGAGUGUUAAUCUUAAAGACUGUUAGUAGUCAAAAAUCGAGCUAGUUGUCAGGACAUAAUAUUAAACUAAACAUCGAUAAAAAAAGUACUGUGAUUGUUGGAUUACAACAGUUGGACCAACCGUUCAUCAAGAUACUCCUAGGCGUAUCUUAUUAUUAUAAAUUGAAAUUUCACUGGACCCGGAAUAAAUAAUUGUGUUAACUUUUUAAAAUAAUCUAGUGACAAUGGGAAAAACUUAUUGUCAAUCGUGUAAAAAAAAAUGCAGCGGCGAGGUGCUGCGAGUUCAAGACAAGUACUUUCACAUCGGUUGUUUCAAGUGCGCGCAAUGCAGCGCCAGUCUCGCUCAAGGCGGAUUUUUUGCUCGAGAAGGAUCCUAUUACUGUACAAAGGACUAUCGUGAGCGCUGGGGAACAAGAUGCGCUGGAUGCGGCGAGUACGUUGAAGGUGACGUCGUGACUGCUGGAGAGAAACACGCUUUUCAUCCGAACUGUUUUCAUUGCCAGAGGUGUAGACAACCGCUGUUAGGUCAUGGAACUAAAGUUACUCUGGUUCAAGGUCAAGCUUUGUGUCAUCGGUGCGUCAGUAUACCAGUACGAGAAGCCUCGACGCCGAUCGGCAGCAAAACUCAUGACAGCCGAUCAAAAAGUGCUAACGCCAGAGAAACUGGUAAUGACGUCGGUGCUUGCGCUGGCUGCAGUGAAAAACUUCAAGAGGGACAAGCCCUCGUUGCUUUGGAUCGACAGUGGCAUGUUUGGUGCUUCAAAUGUCACAGCUGCGAUACUGUGCUCCAUGGCGAGUACAUGGGAAAAGAUGGAGUUCCGUAUUGCGAGAAGGACUAUCAAAAACAAUUUGGAGUAAAGUGCGCGUACUGCAGUCGCUACAUAAGCGGAAAAGUAUUGCAAGCUGGUGAAAAUCAUCACUUCCAUCCUACUUGUGCUCGCUGCACCAAGUGUGGCGAUCCUUUUGGGGAUGGUGAAGAGAUGUACUUGCAAGGAGCCGCAAUUUGGCACCCGCGGUGCGGGCCAGGGCCCACCGGGACAAACGGAAUUGUCAAUGGACAUGGAACUAGAGAUGUUCAUACUCCUCAACACAGAGAAUCUGAGCGUAUAUUAAGUAGUGCAUCUGAGAUGCAGUUUUCAUUGAGAUCUCGCACACCAAGUCUCAACGGGUCGAUAUGCAGUCCAUACAGCAGCAUGAGUCGCAAGUAUUAUCCAGCUAGAACUGGAAGUCCUGGACUGAUAUUACGAGAAUAUGGACGUGGUAACGCCGAAGACGUUUCCAGAAUUUGCACAUAUUCUUAUUUAACAGAAGUACCAAGUCAAGGAUAUUUGAGACGUCCGAUUCAGCCUUACGAUAAGCCACCGACUAGUCCUCACUUUCAUCGACCCAAUUCAUCGCGCUCGAUAAGAAGCAGCGGAGGUCGAAGCAGCCGUUCAGGAAUGCGAGCGUUGGUAGACGCGCUCAGCGAAACGAGACCAAAAUCUCCGGCAGCUGGUAGUCAGGUCGACAAUGACGAGCCAAUUGAGCUCGCUCAUUAUCCAGAUGCAAUGAAACGUCCGCCUGGAGCUAAACCUCCUAUAGAACGAGACGAUUUUCCAGCACCGCCGUAUCCUUAUACUGAUCCUGAAAGACGUCGACGCUGGUCUGACACUUACAAGGGUGUUUCGGAUGAUGAAGACGACGCUACAGACGGUACCGACCGAUCAGACAGAUUAGACGGGGAGCGUAAAAAUUAUAUCAAAGAAGUUGAGCAGAAAUUAAAAAAAGAAGAAGAUGAGUUGAGUAAAAUAAACACUGGGAUUGCUAAAGUAUUUCUUCAGGACAUAGAAAAAGAUCGUGAAAAUCUGCGACAUCGCGCAGCUAAUGUCGACCCACGAAACGCUUCGAGAACUCCGUCAGCGGCUCGAGAACCGACUUACAGAUUACGAUACGAAAGUCCUGUUGGUGCUUCUCCAUCAAGAAAUAUUGAUCACGCACGCCCGUGGGAAGACGAUGACGGUGUUAGUUACAAAUCAAGCACUGCUCCAAGCUACAAUGUCGGAAGAUCAUCGGCCCGUUCCCCGGCACCCAGAAACUAUCCACCUUUCGGUAAUCAGCGCGCCUUCACACUUCCAAACGCUGCUAGGCACUAUCAGUCGGGUGAUUACUCAUUCAGCGGUAUGGGCGACAAAACACACAGCACUGAUUUUUCAUCUGGCAAAUCGGAUAUAUCAACAGGCAGCAUUACGGAUGUCGACAGACGAGCACUGGUAUGUACAUCAGCCCCGUACUACUCACGUCGAACAAGCAUGAAUGAUGGUGGAAUUAUCCCGUCAUCGACAACGUAUACAGGAGGAUUAGGAACAGUUGGUGGAGGCACUCACGGUCACCAUAUGCGACGCUCGCUUCCAGACAUGGGAGCUGCACCUUCAGAGCCACCAAAGCUUUACCCAUAUCACUUGCUUAUUAUUACGAAUUACAGACUGCCAGCAGAUGUAGAUCGCUGUAACCUUGAGCGACACUUAUCGGAUGCCGAAUUCGAAGCAAUACUUCAAUGCAAUCGCUCGGAAUUUUAUCGACUACCCCAAUGGCGCCGAAACGAAAUAAAACGACGUGCUCGACUCUUUUAAUGACUCUAUAGUGGUUUUACUCUCAGUGCCGAGCGCACAUUCUGAUAAUAUUUAUUUAAAUUGAAGACGUUUUCAUUA